AUGGGGUUUGGUGUUGGUGGAAAUAUGCCUGUUGAUGGCGCUUUAUUUCUAGAAUUUAUACCAAAAACUCAUCAAUAUCUCCUUACUUCUUUAUCUAUCUUCUUUUCAUUUGGUGCUGUUCUUACCUCCGUUCUCUCUUAUUGUGUUUUGCCUCAGAAUAGUUGUCUAGAUUCAUCUGAAAGUACUUGUGAUGUCUAUAAGCAAAACAAUGGUUGGAGGUUCAUAUUAGGUAUUCUGGGAUUACUGACUUGGAUUAUGUUUAUUUGUCGUUUGAUAUUUUUCCGUCUUCAGGAAUCUCCAAAGUUUCUUAUCUCUCAAGAUAAUAUACAUGAUGCUGUAGUUGUUUUACGCAAAAUUGCUAGGAUUAAUGGAAAUAAUAUGCAAAUUAAAGAUAGUGAUAUUCAAUCUACAACUGUCAAUUCGACUAAUUCUAAUCAUACCAAAUCAUUUCCUGACGAUAUUCCUCAAUCUCAUACUGGUCAUUUAUUUGAUCCUAGACGAUGGUUAUUAUUAAAACUUCGUCCAGUCAUGCCACUUUUUAGUAGAAGAUGGAUUAAAACUACUAUUCUUGUAUGGUGCAUUUGGACACUCGUCGCUUUUGCUUACGUUAUGUUUAAUGUUUUUUUGCCUACAUAUUUAGAAUGGCUAGGUUUAGAUGAUGAUAAAACAACUGACGAUAUAUCCUUAUUACAAGAGGUAUUAAGAGAUUAUGUGAUAUACUCUGUUUGUGGGGUUCCAGGAUCUUUAUUUGGAUCCUUCCUUAUUGAAACAAUAUUAGGUCGCAAAGGUAGUAUGGCUCUAGCGACUUUCGGAACUUCUUUGGCAGUAUUCUUGUUCUCUACUGUCCGUUCACGUACUGGUGAAGUUAUUUCUUCUGCAAUGGUCAGUUUUUUGGCAACUCUUAAUUAUGCUGUAAUAUACGGCUACACUCCUGAAGUAUUUGAAGUUAGGCUAAGAGGCAUUAACUGUGCUAGCAGAAGGAUUGUCAAUUACUCACUUCGCAAACAUACUGCCCAAAAAUUAAACGAUGCAGGUGUUGAUGUUCAAGCC